ACCUCCUCCAAAAUCUCACGGAAAGCAUUCACUUUCAGACCAAGGACCCCAGAGGAUGGAGGCCCCUCGGUGGUGGCCGCUGGUCACUGUGCUCAUGGCUGGGGCUCACUGUGUGGCCCUGGUUGACCAAGAAGCUUCUGAUCUCAUCCAUUCUGGCCCCCAGGACAGCAGCCCUGGGCCUGCCCUGCCCUGCCACAAAAUCUCUGUGAGCAACAUAGACUUUGCCUUCAACUUCUACAGACAGUUGGCUUUGAAGGCCCCCGGAGAGAACAUUCUCUUCUCCCCAGUGAGGAUCUCCCUGGCCUUGGCCAUGCUUUCUCGGGGGGCCCCAGUGGCCAGCAGGACCCAACUCCUGGAGGGCCUGGGGUUCAACCUCACCGUGGUGCCUGAGGCGGAGAUCCAGGAGGGCUUCUGGGAUCUGCUGCUCAGGCUCCCUGGGCACGGUCCCCGGCUCCUCCUGACCAUAGACCAGCGCAGGUUCAGCGGCCUGGGUGCAAGGGCCAACCAGAGCCUAGAGGAGGCCCAAAAACACAUUGACGAAUACAUAGAGAAGCAGACCCAGGGGAAGCUCGGGGCCUGGAAGAAGGACCUCGGCAGUGAAACCACAGCGGUUCUGGUGAAUCACAUGCUCCUCAGAGCUGAGUGGAUGAAGCCCUUUGACUCACGUGCCACCAGCCCAAAGGAGUUCUUUGUAGAUGAGCACAGUGCUGUGUGGGUGCCCAUGAUGAAGGAGAAGGCCAGCCACCGCUUCCUGCACGACCCUGAGCUGCAAUGCUCUGUGCUGCAGAUGGACCACGUUGGGAACACCACCACCUUCUUCAUCUUCCCCAACAGGGGCAAGAUGAAGCAGCUGGAAGAUGCCCUGCUGCCAGAAACUAAGUGGGACAGUCUGCUCAGGACCAGAGAACUCGAUUUCCACUUCCCCAAAUUUUCCAUUUCUAAAACCUACAGACUGGAGAUGCUCCUCGCACGAGUGACUGUGGGUGUAGGCUUCUCUGGGCAGCCUGGACUGAACAUUUCUAAAGUCACUCAUAAGGCCAUGAUGAUGCUGGAUGAGAAGGGCUCUGAAGCUGCUGCAGCCACCAGCAUUCAGCUCACCCCUGGGCCUCGCCCGGACCUUGACCUCCCACCCGCUCCAGGCACUGAGUUCAGUCGGCCCUUCCUGGUGAUGACUUUCCACACGGAAACAGGAAGCAUGCUUUUUCUGGGGAAGAUUGUAAACUCACUGGGAUAACACCCCCUCAGACAUGCUGGGUGACUCAGAGAGAAGAGAAUGGCCUACACGGCAGGCAGCUUCUAUUACAGGCUCAAAUUUAAGGGAAAGUUGCAUAUACCUGAGUUCUUUUGCUUCGUUUCCAUAGGAACCUAUGGGGGUAAGGAUAGUAACGGUGAUCAAGGCUGUUCUCCCUGCACACAGGCAGUAAUUACCAUUGA